GAGCCGCGGCUGGGUCCUGGCGCACACCAUGAUCGUUGCCGACUCCGAGUGCCGUGCGGAGAUCAAGGGCUACCUGCCGUUCGCCAGGGCCGGCGUCGCGGGCCCUGGGACCCGAGAGGAGCCUCAGGAGGGCCGGGCUCGGCGUGGCCCUCGAGGACCCAGCGCCUUCAUUCCAGCAGAGGAGCAGAUCCUUCAGGAAGGAGCUGAGAGCUUGGAGCAGCGCCUGGGACUCGAGGCUCUGAUGUCUUCAGGGCGGGUGGACAACCUGGCAGUGGUGAUGAGUCUGCACCCCGACUACCUUAGCAGCUUUUGGCGCCUGCACUAUCUGCUGCUGCAUACAGAUGGGCCCUUGGCCAGCUCUUGGCGUCACUACAUUGCCAUCAUGGCUGCUGCCCGCCACCAGUGUUCUUACCUGGUGGGCUCCCACAUGACUGAUUUCCUGCAGACUGGCGGUGACCCAGAGUGGCUACUGGGCCUCCACCGGGCACCUGAAAAGCUUCGCAAACUCAGCGAGAUCAACAAGCUGCUGGCACAUCGGCCGUGGCUCAUCACCAAGGAGCAUAUCCAGGCCUUACUGAAGACUGGAGAGCACAGCUGGUCCCUGGCCGAACUCAUCCAAGCUCUGGUCCUGCUAACGCACUGCCACUCUCUGGCCUCCUUCGUGUUUGGGUGCGGAAUACUUCCUGAAGGAGAUGCAGAGGGCAGUCCUGCCUCACAGGCACCCUCGCCCCCCAGUGAGCAUGGCAGUCCCCCAAGUGGAGACCCACUGAACAGCUCUGGUGGCUUCGAAGCUGCCCGUGAUGUAGAGGCUCUGAUGGAGCGCAUGAGGCAGCUGCAGGAGAGCCUGCUGCGGGAUGAGGGCGCUUCCCAGGAGGAAAUGGAGAGCCGUUUCGAGUUGGAGAAAUCAGAAAGUCUGCUGGUAACCCCCUCAGCGGACAUUCUGGAGCCCGCUCCACACCCAGACAUUCUAUGCUUUGUGGAAGACCCCACUUUUGGAUAUGAAGACUUCACUCGUCGAGGGACUCAGGCCCCGCCUACCUUCCGAGCCCAGGAUUAUACCUGGGAAGACCAUGGCUACUCGCUGAUCCAGCGGCUCUACCCUGAGGGAGGACAGCUGCUGGAUGAGAAGUUUCAGGUAGCCUAUAGCCUUACCUAUAACACCAUCGCCAUGCACAGUGGUGUAGACACCUCCAUGCUCCGCAGGGCCAUCUGGAACUACAUCCACUGUGUCUUUGGCAUCAGAUAUGAUGACUACGAUUAUGGGGAGGUAAACCAGCUCCUGGAAAGGAACCUCAAAAUUUAUAUCAAGACCGUGGCCUGCUACCCAGAGAAGACAACCCGCAGGAUGUACAACCUCUUCUGGAGGCACUUCCGCCACUCAGAGAAGGUUCACGUGAACUUGUUACUCCUGGAGGCCCGAAUGCAAGCAGCCCUGCUCUAUGCCCUCCGUGCCAUCACCCGCUACAUGACCUGACUCCCUCCCGUGCAGGACCAGCACCCGGAGCAGCUAAGCCUGGGCUACUGUCCUCUCUACAAGGAUUUCUGUGUCUGGAUACAGAUCCAGGACCCUUUCUGUCUCAUGUCCAUCCACCAAAUGCUGGGAUGGGCAUGUGCGUGGUGUGCAGCUCCCUGGGCAAGCUGCACCCUCCUUUCUCUCGCUGGACUGGACAGGAUUGUUGCACUGACUUUGGGGUCUCAGCUCUGUCCCUGGAGCUGGAAGACUAGGAAAGCCCAAGAGGCCAUACCCCUUUGUCUUUCCUGCUCCUAAAAACAGAUGAAGGUGAAUGGGUUGAGCUCAGACUUAUAUGCCAGCAGGCUGGGCCCCAGGCACAAGUACUAGGACCUUCCUGGGCUGGGAGGCCCCUGGCUGCCCCUGUGGGAGAGGAGCAAAGACCUCAAAGAACUAACAAACACUCCAGGAGGCUCAUCUUUCCUCCUUGCGCAUUCUCCAACUUCAUUACCUCCCACCUGCCUUCCACCCAUCAAUGUGAAAGUUGGACUCACAGCUGGUCUGUGUGCCCAGAUUCCCCAAAGCCUGUUCUGGGCAGCCUGGCUUUUGGUUGCCUGAAUAUUGGUUCAGUUUUUUUUUUUUUUUUGUCUCCUUUGCCCUCAUACCCUUUUCUCCCAUGCCUGCUGGGGUAGGGCCCGGGAGAGGGGCCAAACACAUCCAAAGAACAUAAUGUCUCUGGAGAGUUGGAGCCCAUGUUGGUCCCUCUGCUGUCUGAAGAGUAAGGAGUAAAUGCCGAUGAACUCUGUAUUUGGAUCCUAGACUGUAUUGCCGUGCAGAGCCAGUAGUCCAUUCUUCAGAUCCCUCGAGCUCUGCCAAGAAUGCUUGCCAAUCAUUGAGCCUUAGGUGGUGGCACCAGGACCCACCUAGUAAGAGGCAGAUACCAAGGUUCUCUUUCUCUUGGCCACAUUGCUGUAUCCUGGACCUCAUGGUUGCAGACCAAGGUGUUGGCUUCAGUUUCUCAAGGUUUGACGCUUGCCUCUGGGUUCUCAGGCCAAACCAACAGCAGGCUGGUUGUCUUUCAAGACCUUGAAGGCCUUUGGGGAGCCUUAGUCUACAGUCAGCCUUCCAAGGGACACCACCCCCACCCCAGUGUCCCAUCUGUCCCCUCUCCUGGAUUUAAAUGGAUUGCUUGGCAGAAGCAGCCAAGGACUCACAGGCACUUUACAUAGCAAAACAACUGUGAAUUCUGACUUCCCUUCCCCCUCCACCAGCAGUAAGCAGGUGCCUCCUCUGGGCCAGUCCAGAGGUGUCUGAGAAAGUAAAGGACAUACUACUGCUGUUUCCAACUCUCCUCCAUUGGGCCAGGCAGAACAGGGGCCUGGCCAGUGUGCCACAUUUCAUACCCGUGCAGGCACGGGACACAACUACUGCCCCCUCCAGGCUUGGAAGCCCUCCCUCAGUGAAGGUGGACAAGAGGGGAGGGGGCCUCAGCAUGGGGCUAUAUUCUAGAGGGGACACGGUGACGCUGUCAGUGUCCCCUGGGUGGGCGGGAAGGGUAUCCAGUGUUAAAGUGCAGAAGUCUUUGGCCUUCCUUGUAAGCAGUUCUAGGUAAUAGAAAUAAAAGUUGGCUGAGGUUUGUUUUGUA